CUCCUCCCGGCCGCCUCUUCCUGCUGGCUCCAAGUUUCGGUUUUGCCGCCGGGGCGCAGGGUCCAGCCCCGCCCCGCUGCGCGCUCCGACCCUGCUCCCCGGCUGCGGGCGGGACUCGGGGCACGGGCGCUGGUCUUGAGAGUCCUAGCAGGACGAAUGGAGUGUCCUUCGUGCCAGCAUGUCUCCACGGAGAAAUCUCCCAGGUUCUGCAGCCAGUGUGGAGAGAGGCUGCCUCCUGCAGCCCCUGUAGCAGAUUCUGAGAACAAUAACUCCACAGUGGUGUCGGCCCCGGAGGGAGAGAUGGAGUGUGGGCAGGAGCUGAAGGAGGAAGGGAGCCCGUGCUUGUCCCUGGGCUCAGAGGGUUGGCAAGAAAACCCAGAAGAGCCCUGUUCUGAUGCCUCCUGGACUGUCCAAAGAGGAGCUGCAUCAGAGGUUUUGGUAGAUGCUACUGUAGACCUCAUGUCCGAUGAGUGGGAAGCUGCUAAUGCCAUGCUCAGCAAGAGAAGGAAGCAGGACGCAGCCCUGUGUGAGGCCGCCAGCGUGCCUUCUGCAGACUGUCAGCAGAGCAAAAAGAAGAAGAGGAAGAAGAAAAAUCAUCCAAACGACUCCGCUUCCUCAGAGCUGGCUUCCUUGCCCCCGUCUCCUGCCAGCCCCUGUCAUCUGACUUUGCUUUCAAACCUGGGGCCUCAGGACACAGCCCUGCCCCACAGCCAAGCCCAGCAGAGUGGCUCGACUGGCCAGCCCAGCCAGCCCCCAGGAACAGGCAGCAUGCCACUGGAGAGCAAUGGCUCCUAUGUGCCUACCGAGGUUGGUGACAGCACCCUGCAGGCUCAGGCUUCAGGAGAGGCAGGAGCAGCCACGGGAGGCAGGACUCAGAGCAGCCCCCAGCCUCAGGACCACACGGAAGGGGAGGACCAGGACGCCUCCAUCUCCUCUGGGGGCAGAGGCCUUUCCGAGGAGGGGGCUGGUCCCCCCACCUCUGCUGGUGAAGGCCAUUCUGGGACUGAAGAUGCCACCCAGGAGCUCCUGUUGCCUGAGUCCAAAGUGGGCAGCUCUCAGCCCAGGACAGAACCGCAGACCACCAGGCAGCACACAGGGGCCCCAGCCUCUGGGGAAGGUGAUGCGGCAGCUGAGCCAGCCAAUGCGGUUGAAGGGGCUGGAAAGAGCCAGAUGACAAAGCAGCUGUCAGCGACCACUCCUGCUUUCGAAACACGCCGCCAGGAAACUGAGACCAAGACCAAGACCAAGGAUGAGAAGGCUGCUGCUGGAGAAAAAGUCGGUAGAAACGAGCGAGGGGAGCCUGAAGACCCUAAGAAGCCGGAGGGGAAGAUCGGAAGUGCAGUUGCCAGGAAAAAGGAGGAGCAAAAAAAACAGAAAGCGGGUGUCCAGGAAGUGAAGCCGAGCACGUUGAGCCCAGGCGGAGGAGUCACCGUGUACUUUCACGCCAUCAUCUCUAAACAUUUCUCAUUCAAUCCUGACCACCAUAAAGUCUUCAUCAGAGGGGGAAAAGAACUCGGGGAGCCGGAAUGGAACAGGAAUGUCUGUGAGCUGCACUGCACCAGAAACUUAAAUCAUGAUGGCGUUCUUGUUGAAGGCAGUGCCGUCAUUUCCAAGAAGCACCUGGAUAAAUAUAUUCCUUAUAAGUAUGUCAUUUUUAAUGACAAGGGCUCUACUGAGUAUGAGUUCAUCUAUAAGCCCCCGCAGAAGGACGGGGAGUACGUCAACCGCUGUCUGUACAUAAAAUCUUCCCUUCUGUUGGGCUCAGGAGACUGGCAUCAGUACGAUGACAUAGUUUGUAUGAAGCCUCCUGGGAAACUUUGGAAAUUAGUGAGCCACUUCACAGACGGGGUGAGGAAGAAUGUGGUGAAGGGGAAGCAGAUUGCCUCCACGGUCAUGCUGGACAGCAUCUUCAGCAUCCUGCAGACCUGGGACACCAUCAAUCUGAACAGCUUCUUCACCCAGUUCCAGCAGUUUUACUUUGUCAUGCGAGAGCCUAUGAUUUAUGAAGGACAUCCGCAGUCGUGGACCGCUUUGCAGUAUGGGGAGAAAGAGGUGAAGAAAGACCUGUGGGACUAUCUGAAAAAGCAGAUGGCACCAUUUCUGGACAGAAGUGGGAACUCUUUGCCUGAAGACUGCCCAGUGAGGAGCAAAUUGAAAAUGGGCCUGAUUGUCCUUUUUAUAGUGGAAAAGUUUGAUUUUUUCUUACCAGAAGACGAGUUGGACACCAUGUGUCACCUCCUGGCCUCAGAUGCCAGCUCACUGGAUGAGCUUCAUGAUGACCUAGGCCACGUCCUUAGGACAGCUCAGGGGUGGCAUGAGUACCUGAUGAAACUGUGCCUGAGGUGCAUAGACCGAAGGCGGUGUCUUUGGUUGGGCACCCUGCCUGUCCUACACUGCUAUAAGGAGCCGGCUCCACGGCCCAAGGACGCCUGGAGCCAGCCUGAGGAUGUCUGGGCUGCCCUGGAAGGAAUCCCCUUCUCACAGUGGCGGGAACAAAUGCUAGACCCGAGUUCAUUACUUCAGUUGAUGGACAGUAAGAGGCAUUUGCUGAACGUCGACGAACCUCUCUUCCGGUCCUGGUUUAGUCUGCUCCCUCUGAGUCACCUGGCUCAGUAUAUGGAGAACUUCAUUGAGCACUUGAGGCCUUUUCCUGCUCAUGUCCUGGACUGCUUUCUGGGGACUUACUACCGGCUACAGGGACUUGAGGAAAUCUCCUACCUGAAUCGGGAGGAUGUUCUGGGCAUUUUAAAAAUGCUGUUGCACCUCUUGGACGCUUCCCAGGACAAGAUUUCCAAGGAGGCCUUGUUACCCUCCUACCUGACUGUGUGCCUGAAACUCCAUGAAGCUGUCUGCAGCAUUAUAAAGACACCGAAGUUUUACGAGCUGCUGGCCUUAUCUGCUGAGAUUGUCUGCAGGAUGAUUAUAGUUCUACCUCUGCUGGAUUCUGCAGGACAGGGAGAUGAAACUGGAAAUAAUUCAGUCCAAACAGUCUUCCAAGGGACCCUUGCCGUUACGAAAAGGUGGCUCCGAGCAGUUUUUACAAAGAACAUGCUCGUAUAUUCGGGUGUUUCAUUCACGUACUUUGAGGAAAUUGAGGUCUGGAGGCGGCUGGUGGAAAUCCACUUCCCCAUGGAGCAUGGCUGGAAGGAGUCAUUGCUGAGAGACAUGGAAGGGAGGCUCAAAAAGGAGAUGCCUCUCUCCCAGAUCACUGCCUACUGCAGUGCUCGCUGGGACACCGACGGCCUGGAGGACAGCGUGGCCAAGACCUUCGAGAAGUGCGUCAUUGAGGCCGUGAGCUCAGCCUGCCAGUCUCAGACCAGUAUCCUUCAGGGGCUCUCUUGCCAUGAUUUGCGGAAAUUCAGCACCCUCUUAUCUGCUGUGAUCACCAAGUCCUGGCCUAGACACAAUGGGGAAGCCGUGGAUGACUUGGAUGAAGUUUUCAAGCACCUGCUCACGUGGGCAGAUGUCAAGCAUCUCUUCAAAUUGGGCAGAACUGAUGAGAAAAUAAUAGCAAAUAUUACAGAUGAAGGCAAGAAGUUGAUGGCUACUGCUGACUCUGUGUUCAUGAGAGUUGCCGAUGAUCUCCUGAGUGGAACGAUUUUAGUUGGACAACUGGAGCUGAUUAUGAAGCACCAAGAUCGGUUUCUUGACAUCUGGCAACUGAAGGAAGAAAGUCUUUUACCCCAGGAGGAAAACUGUGCUAUGGAUGAAGUAUUGGAUUGGAGAAUAGAAGAACUGUUAUUUCUAAGGAAGGAGGAAAGAUUUGUUGACAGUCUCCUGAAGAUGUGUGGGAUUGUGAAAUCCCUGAUACAAGUGGACUUUGGAGAGCUUGCAAUAAGACACUCACAAGACCUCAGCAGUAAAAGAUUAGACGAAGUUGUGACAGUGAGACUGUCCUCCUUCCCAAUCUCAGAGAGGACAACGCAUUACAACCUGAGCCCUCAGCUCCAAGCAAUGGCUGGAAAGAUCGACUUGCUCAGAGACAGCCACAUCUUCCAGAUCUUCUGGCGGGAAGCCGCAGAGCCUUUUGGUGUGCCUGAGGAGGAACGGGAAGCCGUGGAGCUUCCGAGUGAGCUGGAAGAGUCAGAAAGGCAGAUGCUUCUGAUUGAAGAGGUGCAUGACUAUUUGUAUCUUCCCUCUUACAGAAGGUUCAUAAGACUGUACCAGGAUCUAAAGUCGGGAGAGGUCACCCUUGCAGAGAUCGACGUCAUCUUCAAGGACUUUGAGAAUAAAUACGAGGACCUGGCUUUAGAACUUAAGACCAUGGGGACUGUGGACAAACAGGACCCGAGCAACUGGGUCAAGGAGCGAGUGGAACAGAUCAAGGAGUACCAUCACCUGCACCAUGCUGUCCACGCAGCCAGGGUCAUCCUGCAGGUCAAAGAGAGUUUGGGACUGACUGGUGACUUCAGUGUUCUCAACACUUUAGUAAACUUUACUGAUAACUUCGAUGACUUUUGCCAUGAAACACUGGACCGGAUCAACCAGGAGCUCAUCCAGGCCAAAAAGCUGCUCCAGGACAUCAGUGAGGCCCGGUGUGAGGCGCUCAAGGCUCUGUCCCUGAGAAAAGAGUUCAUCUGCUGGGUCCGGGAGGCUCUUGGAGGCAUCAACGAGCUGAAGGUGUUUGUGGACCUGGCCUCCAUCUCAGCAGGGGAGAACGACAUUGAUGUGGACCGGGUGGCCUGCUUCCAUGACGCCGUGCAGGGCUACGCAUCCCUGCUGUAUAAGCUGGACCCCAGGGUGGGCUUCAAUAGAUUCAUGAAGCAUCUGAAAGAGCUGUGGAAGGCUCUGGACAAUGACCAGCACCUGCCCAGGAAACUGUAUGACUCUGCCAGGAACUUGGAGUGGCUGAAGAAUGUGAAGGAGAGUCAUGGGUCUGUGGAGCUCUCAUCCCUGACCCUGGCCACGGCCAUCAACCAAAGAGGCAUCUACGUGAUCCAGGCACCCAAAAGUGACCAGAAGAUUUCCCCAGACACGGUUCUGCACUUGGUCCUUCCCGAGGGCUCCAGCAGCCAUGAGGAGUCACGAAAGUACUCUUUAGAGGAGCUGAAGGAGCUUUUGAACAAGCUGAUGCUGAUGUCUGGCAAGAAGGAUCACAACAACGUGGAAGUGGAGCGGUUUCAGGAGGUCUUCUGCAGUGUGCAGAGGCUCAGCAAGGCCUUCAUCGACCUGCACUGUGCUGGGAAUAUGCUGUUCCGGACCUGGGUCACCAGGGUCUACUGCUCCCCCAACCAGGAUGUAUCCCUCCUGAUGGACUUUGGCUUGGAGCUGGGGAUGAAGCUUGAGGAGGGUGGAGAUGUCACUGAGGUGCUGGAAGCCGUCUGCAGGCAGAUGGAGCACUUCCUCGAUAGCUGGAAGAGAUUUGUGACCCAGAAGCGCAUGGAGCACUUUUACCUCAACUUCUACACAGCAGAGCAGCUGGUUUACCUGAGCACCGAGCUCAGGAAGCAACCCCCCAGUGACGCCGCCCUCAUGAUGCUGUCCUUCAUCAAAAGCCACUGCACGCUGAGGGAUGUCUUAAGGGCCUCUGUGGGGUGCGAGAGUAAGGCUGCCAGGCACCACGUGAGGACAGUGAUGGAAGAACUCCCUCUGAUGCUCUUCUCUGAGUCCCGCCUGGUGGACAAGGUGAAGGUCAUCAUGGAGCAGUUCAUGGGGUGCCUUCCUGCCUUCCUGCCUGACUGCCUCGACCUGGAGGCCCUUGGCCACUGUCUGGCUCACCUGGCAGGGAUGGGCGGGCCUCCUGUGGAGCGCGUUCUCCCGAGAGGCCUGCAAGUCGGCCAGCCCAACCUCGUCAUCUGUGGCCACUCGGAAGUGUUGACAGCUGCCCUGGCCGUCUACAUGCAAACCCAGAGCCAGCCCCUGCCCACCUACGAUGAGGUGCUGCUCUGCACCCCGGCAACCACCUUUGAGGAGGUAGCGCUGCUGCUGCGCCGCUGCCUGACCCCGGGCUCUGGCGGGAACAAGAUCUACAGCCUGCUGUUCGCCGAUCAGCUGAGCUACGAGGUGGCGCGCCAGGCAGAGGAGCUCUUCCAGAAACUGCACACCCAGCAGCACCGGGAGGACUACCAGCUCGUGAUGGUCUGCGAUGCUGACGGGGAGCACUGCUACCUCCCCUCAGCCUUUAGCCAGCACAAGGUCCUUGUCACCCCCCAGGAAUCCCUCGAGGCCAUCCAGGCCUACCUGGCAUGUCACUACCGGGUCCCGGAGCAGACCCUGUCAGCGGCGGCCGUGUUCAGGGACCGGCUGUGUGUUGGGAUCGUGGCCUCGGAGCGAGCAGGUGUUGGAAAGUCUCUCUAUGUGAAGAGGUUGCAUGAGAAAAUGAAGGUGCAGUUACGUAGGGAAAAGGUGCCUCUGAAAACCAUUCGACUGAUCGACCCUCAGGUGGAUGAGAGCCAAGUCCUGGGUGCCCUCCUGCCCUUCCUGGACGUGCAGUAUCAGAAGGUCCCCAUGCUCUUUCACCUGGACGUGACCUCCUCGGUGCAGACUGGAAUUUGGGUGUUUCUUUUCAAGCUCCUCAUUUUACAAUACCUAAUGGAUAUAAAUGGGAAAAUGUGGCUUCGGAGCCCCUGCCAUUUGUACAUCAUCGAAAUCCUGGAAAGGAGGACUUCAGUGCAGUCCAGGAGGCCUUCAAUGCUGCGGACACGUGCCCCCCAGUUCAGUUUUCUUGACAUCUUUCCAAAAGUCACCUGCAGGCCUCCCAAAGAGGUGAUUGACAUGGAGCUGAGUCCCCAGAGGAGUGACACCGAGCCUGGAAUGGAUGAGUGGGAGUUCUCCAGCGAGGCUUUCCAAAGACCUUACCAGUAUUUAAAACGGUUCCAUCAAAACCAAAACCUAGACAAGUUUCAGUACCAAGAAGGCUCUGUCGAAGGCACUCCGGGGGAAUGCCUGCAGCACUUCCUGAUUUACUGUGGGGUUAUCAACCCAUCCUGGGCAGAGCUUCGGAACUUUGCCCGGUUCCUAAAUUAUCAGCUCAGAGAUUGUGAGGCCUCUCUCUUCUGCAAUCCGAGUUUCACUGGAGACACACUGAGGGGCUUCAAGAACUUUGUGGUGACCUUCAUGAUCCUUAUGGCAAGAGAUUUUGCCACACCAACACUCCACACCUCUGACCAAAGCCCGGGGAAGCACAUGGUCACCAUGGAUGGGGUCAGGGAAGAGGACCUGGCUCCCUUCUCUCUCCGGAAGAGGUGGGAGUCGGAGCCUCACCCAUACGUUUUCUUCAACCAUGACCACACCUCCAUGACGUUCAUAGGCUUCCAUCUCGAGCCCAACAGCCACGGCGGUGUCGACGCCAUCAAUCACUUGACGAGGGAGGUCAUCAAGAGAGACGUCAUGACCGUGGACCUGUACGAGGGGCUGCUGCUGCAGAGGGUGCCCUUUAAUGUUGACUUUGAUAGACUGCCCAGACACGAGAAACUUGAGAGGCUCUGCCUGGCCCUAGGGAUCCAAUGGGCCAUCGACCCUGACGACACGUAUGAGCUCACGACAGACAACAUGCUGAAGAUCCUUGCCAUCGAGAUGCGCUUCCGGUGCGGGAUCCCCGUUAUCAUCAUGGGAGAAACCGGCUGUGGGAAAACCAGGCUGAUUAAAUUCCUUAGUGACCUGCGGCGUGGCGGUGCCAAUGCUGACACCAUCAAGCUGGUCAAGGUGCACGGAGGGACGACUGCAGAUGUGAUCUACUCCAGAGUCUGGGAGGCCGAAAACGUGGCCUUCUCCAAUAAGGUCCAACAUCAGUUGGACACUAUCUUGUUUUUCGACGAAGCCAACACCACAGAAGCUAUAAGCUGUAUUAAAGAAGUCUUGUGUGACCAUACAGUGGACGGCCAGCCCCUGGCCGAGGACUCCGGCCUGCAUAUUAUAGCUGCUUGCAACCCGUACCGGAAGCACUCUGAGGAGAUGAUCUGCCGUCUGGAGUCAGCUGGUCUGGGCUACAGGGUUAGUGCGGAGGAGACGGCUGACAGGCUGGGCUCCAUUCCGCUGAGGCAGCUGGUGUACCGGGUGCACGCUCUGCCCCCGAGCCUGAUACCUCUGGUGUGGGACUUUGGACAGCUGAGUGACACUGCGGAAAAGCUCUACAUCCAGCAGAUUGUCCAGAGACUGGUUGACUCCAUCAGCCUGGAUCAAAACGAGACUCGCAUAAUCAUAGACAUCCUCUGCGCUUCUCAGGGUUUCAUGAGGAGAAGAGAAGAUGAAUGCAGCUUUGUCAGCCUCCGGGACGUGGAGCGUUGCAUGAAGGUUUUCAGGUGGUUCCACGCGCACAGCGCCAUGCUCUUAGCACAGCUGAACUCCUUUCUCUCCAGGUCCAGCGCCAGCAAAAAUCACAUUGAGUGGAGACACCCUGUCCUCUGGUCCUUGCUGCUGGCCAUCGGGGUGUGUUACCACGCCUCUUUGGAAAAGAAAGACUCAUAUCGGAAAGCCAUCGCCAGGUUCUUUCCGAAACCGUAUAACGACAGCCGGCUGCUUCUGGAUGAAAUCACGCGGGUGCAGGAUCUUUUUCUGGAUGGCGUGCCUCUGAGGAAAACCAUUGCCAAGAACCUGGCCUUGAAGGAGAACGUCUUCAUUAUGGUCAUCUGCAUCGAGCUGAAGAUCCCCCUCUUCCUGGUGGGGAAGCCCGGCAGCUCCAAGUCCCUUGCCAAGACCAUCGUGGCCGACGCCAUGCAGGGACCGGCUGCCCACUCGGAUCUGUUCCGCAGCCUGAAGCAGGUCCACCUGGUGUCAUUCCAGUGCAGCCCGCACUCCACCCCACAGGGCAUCAUCGGCACCUUCCGCCAGUGUGCCCGCUUCCAGCAGGGGAAGGACCUGCAGCAGUACGUCUCCGUGGUGGUGCUGGAUGAGGUGGGGCUGGCGGAAGACUCGCCCAAGAUGCCCCUGAAGGCUCUGCACCCGCUGCUGGAAGACGGAUGCAUUGAGGAUGACCCCGCCCCCCACAAAAAGGUCGGCUUCGUGGGCAUCUCCAACUGGGCUCUUGACCCUGCCAAGAUGAACCGGGGUAUCUUUGUGUCGCGUGGCAGCCCCAAUGAGAGAGAGCUCAUAGAGAGCGCCAAGGGCAUCUGCUCCUCGGACAGCCUUGUCCAGUGCCGCGUCCAAGGGUACUUUGCGCCCUUUGCCAAAGCCUAUGAGACGGUGUGCCGGAGCCAGGACAAGGAGUUCUUCGGGCUUCGCGACUACUACAGCCUCAUCAAAAUGGUCUUCGCCACAGCAAGGGCUUCCAAUAAAAAGCCUUCUCCACGAGAGAUUGCACAUGCUGUUCUAAGGAACUUCAGUGGCAAGGAUGACAUCCACGCUCUGGACAUCUUUCUGGCCAAUCUGCCUGAGGCCUUGAGCUCAGAGGAAGUCAACCCGGUGCAGCUGAUCAGACAGAACAUCUUCGGGCCCUCUCAGAAGGGGCUGGGCGGACAGCUGGAAGACGGCGAGUCCCGUUACUUGCUUGUGCUGACCAAAAACUACGUGGCACUGCAGAUCCUGCAGCAGACCGUCUUUGGGGAGGACCAGCAGCCGGAGAUUAUUUUUGGUUCCGGUUUCCCCAAGGACCAGGAGUACACCCAGAUCUGCAGAAACAUCAACCGUGUGAAGAUCUGCAUGGAAACGGGCAAGAUGGUGGUGCUUCUCAACCUGCAGAACCUCUACGAGAGCCUCUACGAUGCGCUCAACCAGUACUACGUCCACCUUGGUGGCCAGAAUUACGUGGAUCUUGGUCUGGGGACCCACCGUGUCAAAUGUCGGGUUCACCCCAACUUCCGCCUAAUAGUCAUUGAAGAGAAAGAGGUCGUGUACACACACUUCCCCAUCCCCCUCAUUAACCGGCUGGAGAAGCACUAUCUGGAUAUCAACACGGUCCUGGAGAAAUGGCAGAAGAACAUCGUGGAGGAGCUCCGUGCGUGGGUGGAGAAGUUUGUCAACGUCAAAGCAGAGCAGUUCCUGGACAGGCACAAAUACAGCCCCUCUGACGUCUUCAUCGGCUACCACUCGGACGCCUGUGCCUCCGUGGUGCUGCAGGCCAUAAAGAGGCAGGGUCCCCGGGCCUUGACGGAGGAACUUUACCAGCAGGUGUCUGGGGAGGCCAAGUGGAUUCUGCUGAACUGCGCCACGCCCGACGCUGUUGUCCGGCUGAGCGCCUCUUUGCUGGACUCGUUCACUGCGGAGUCGCUGGCACAUGAGUAUUUCUACAAACAGAGGCACAACUCCUUUGCAGAUUUCCUUCAGGAGCACCUGCAGGCAACAGACCUGGCGUGCCAUGCCACCUUCACAGAGAUUACCACUUUCUCCAGGCUGCUAACAAGUCACGACUGUGAAAUUUUACAAUCGGAGAUCACGGGCGGGGCUCCAAAACCCACACUCCUGUGGCUGCAGCAGUUUGACACUGAGCUCUCAUUCCUCAAAGAAGUCCGAAACUGUUUAACGAACAGAGCCAAGUGUAAAAUCCUCAUUAUUCAGACAGACUUUGAAGAUGGAAUCCAUAGUGCCCAGCUCAUCGCCUCAGCUAAGUACUCUGCUAUAAAUGAAAUCAACAAAAUACAAGACAGUGGGGACCGUAUCUUUGUCUAUUUCAUCACCAAACUGUCCCGGAUGGGAAGUGGGACAGCCUAUGUGGGCUUCCAUGGAGGGCUGUGGCAGGCUGUGCACAUUGAUGACCUCCGGAGAUCCACUGUCAUGGUUUCGGAUGUGACCAGGCUGCAGAGUGUCACCAUCAGCCAGCUGUUCGCACCCGGAGAGUUGGGUUUGGGACACUGGGUGGAAGACGGCGGUGAGGAGGCGAUGGAAAUGGAGGCUAGUAUGUCGGGCUCAGUGGCAGAGGAGGCCAUGGAAACAGAAAGCUCUGAAAAGGCGGACAAGGAGACGUCUGGGCUUGGAGGCGGUGAUGGGCAGAUCCUGGAUACCACCAGUCUGCUGAGGAGCUGCGUGCAGAGCGCCGUGGGCAUGCUCAGGGACCAGAACAAGAGCUGCAUGCGCAACAUGCGGAGGGUGGUGCUCCUCCUGGGCCUCUUCAAUGAGGACAGUGCAGGCAAUGCCUCUUUCUUGCAGGUAUCCAAGAUGCGCCUCAAUGUCCUUUUAAAGAAGCAAGAAGACAGCCAAUUCCACCUUCUGAAGGAGUGGGUGGCAAGGGAAGCCUCCAACCAGGACGCCCUCCAGGAGGCAGGCACAUUCAGGCACACACUCUGGAAGCGGGUACAAGGUGCUGUGACCCCCCUGCUGGCGAGCAUGAUCUCCUUCAUCGACAGAGACGGCAACCUUGAGCUACUGACCAGGACAGGGACUCCGCCCUGGGCAAGAGACCUUUGGAUGUUUAUUUUCAGUGACAAGAAGCUUCUGAACAUUCCUCUUGUGAUGAAUAACUCGAGACGUCAAGGUGAGAUGGCCUACAUCGUGGUGCAGAACCACAUGAACCUUUCAGGGAGUGCUUCCAAUGAUGUCCCGUUCAGCUGGAGAAUCAAGGACUAUCUGGAGGAGCUGUGGGUGCAGGCUCAGUACCUCACGGAUGCAGAAGGACUGCCAAAGAGGUUCGUGGAAAUCUUUCAGCAGAAUCCUCUGGGCAGGUUUCUUGCCCGGCUCCGUGGAGAACAGCAGCAGGAACUUCUUCAGUGUUACUCCAAGGACUUCAUCCUCUUGACCAUGCGCGUGUCAACGAGGGAGGAAUUACAGUUUCUGCAGAUGGCUCUGUGGUCCUGCAUCUGUGAACUAAAAGUGGCAUUAGAAGUGCCUGAGGAAGAGGUUUCCCUGCCAUGGGUGCACCUGGCCUACCAGCAUUUCAGAAGCCGGCUGCAGAACUUCUCCAGAAUCCUGACCAUCUAUCCCCAGAUUCUCUGCAGCCUGAUGGAAGCCUCUCAAAACCACAAGCUGGCUGAACGUGAGAUGACCCUGGACGUGUCUGCCGCAAUGGCCUGCACUGAGAUGCUGACGAGACACACCCUGAAGCCCAGUCCCCAGGCGUGGUUACAGCUAGUGAAGAAUCUUUCCAUGCCACUGGAACUCAUCUGCUCCGAUAGGCACAUGCAAGGCAGUGGGACCCUGGCCCAGGCUGUCAUCAGGGAAGUCAGAGUCCACUGGAGUCGGAUUUUCUCCACUGCGCUCUUUGUGGAGCACGUGCUCCUGGAAAUUGAGCGCCAGGUCCCUGAGUUAUGCAGGCUGGUGACGGAGCACGUCUUCUUACUAGACAAGCGUCUUCGAGAGAACUCUGACCUCAAGACCCACAGGCCUUUUAGGGCCGUGAUGAGCACUCUCUGUGAAUGUAAGGAGAGCGCCAGCAGGACCUUUACCAGGUUUGGGGUCCAGCCAUGCCCCAUCUGCCUGGGAGACGCACAGGACCCCGUCUGUCUGCCCUGCGACCACGUGUACUGUCUGCGCUGCCUAGAAGCCUGGCUGGUCUCGGGGCAGAUGAUGUGCCCCUUCUGUUUAACUGUCUUGCCAGACACAUUCUCUCCAACUGUUUCCCAAGAGCACAGGGAAGCCAUUGAAAAGCAUGCCCGCCUCCGGCAGACGUGCAACAGCUUCUUCGUAGACCUGGUGUCCACCAUGUGCUUCAAGGACAAUGCUCCGCCUGAGAAGGAAGUGAUCCACAGCCUGCUCUCUCUGCUGUUUGUCCAAAAGGAGCUCUUAAGAGAUGCCCCCGAGAGACACCGCGAACACACCAAAUCUCUCUCUCCAUUCAAUGACGUGGUGGAUAAGACUCCUGUCAUCCGCUCGGUGAUACUGAAGCUGCUUCUCAAGUACAGCUUCGAUGAUGUAAAAGAUUAUAUUCAGGACUACUUGACCCUGCUAAAAAAGAAAGCAUUCAUAAUUGAAGAUAAAACUGAACUGUACAUGCUGUUUAUCAACUGCCUGGAGGAUUCAAUACAUGAGAAGACCAGUGUUUGCUCCAGAAAAGAUGAACUGAACCACUUGAGAGAGGAAGGUGUUUUCCUUAAGACGUAUUCUCCAGUGCGACGUGGCCAAGAGCCUGCCCACGAGGCCUCGGUGGAAUACCUGCAGGAGGUGGCCCGGAUCCGCCUCUGCCUUGAUCGGGCUGCAGAUUUCCUCUCAGAGCCCCAGGGAGGCCCAGAGAUGGCGAAGGAGAAGGAGUGCUACCUGCAGCAAGUCAAGCACUUCUGUACCCGCGGUGAGAACGACUGGCACCGGGUGUACCUGGUGCGGAAACUCAGCAGCCAGCGGGGGAUGGAGUUUGUGCAGGGCCUCUCCAAGCCGGGCCAUCCGUGCCAGUGGGUGUUUCCCAAGGAAGUCAUUGAGCAGCAGAAGGACCACCCAGGCCAGAUGGAUUGGUACCUGGUGUACGGCAGUGAAUACAAGGCUCUCCGAGACGCUGUGGCCAAAGCUGUCCUCGAGUGCAAGCCGCUGGGGACUGAGACUGCUCUGAAGGCCUGCCGGACCCCCAGAGCCCUGCAGGCAGCCCACUUCCUGUUGGCGCUGUUCAGAGAGGUGGCUGUUCUGUACAGAUCGCACAAUGAGCGCCUCCACCCCACGCCAGAGCAACGUGAAGCUGUGAGCCAGUUCAUUGGCGAAUGCAAGAUCCUUUCAUCUACUGAUAUCAGGCACUUUGCAACAUCUCUCGUGGACAAUUCUCUGCCAUUGUUGAGGGCAGGCCCCAGUAACAGCAGCCUUGAGGGCACAGUGACAGACAUGGCCAUUCAUGCUGCAGCCGUCCUUCUGUGCGGACAGAAUAAAGUCUUGGAACCCCUAAAGAAUCUGGCCUUCUCCCCAGCCGACAUGGCGAAUGCUUUUCUCCCAACCAUGCCUGAAGACUUGCUGGCUCAAGCUAGGAGAUGGAAAGGUCUGGAGGGAGUCCAGUGGUACACUUGUCCCAAUGGCCAUCCUUGCUCCGUGGGAGAGUGCGGCAGGCCGAUGGAACAGAGCUUUUGCGUUGACUGUCGUGCACCAAUCGGAGGCAUUAACCACAAACCUCAUGAUGGCUUUCAAAUGGUCAGCAACAGUGUAGAUAGAACGCAGAGCGGCCACGUGCUGGGCAACCCGCAGCGGAGAGACCUGGUGGUGACAUGUGACCGAGAGCUGCCCCCACUGGUCUUCAUAUUUAUCCGGCUACUCACUCACUUGGCUCUGCUUCUGGGAGCUGCCCAGAGUCCCCAGGCUCUGAUGAACAUCAUUAAGCCUCCAGUGAGGGAUCCACAAGGCUUUCUGCAGCAGCACAUCCUGAAGGACUUGGAGCAGUUGACCAAGAUACUGAGAUACAGUGCUGAUGAGACCACCAGUGUGGUCCACCUCGUCCUGUGCAGGCUUCUCCAAGAGGGGAACCAGCUCUCUGGCAAGAGACCUUUAAAUUUUGACACAAGACUGUCAACUAAAGAAAACAGGAACAACUGGGAAAAGGACAUUGCAGCUGUGAUUUUGCCUGAACUGGAGCAUCUAGAUAAAACCCUUCCCGCCGUUAAUAUUCUGAUGAGCCAAGAUAAGCGUAUCAGCUCUAACCCUGUGGCCAAAAUAAUAUAUGGUGACCCAGUGACCUUCCUGCCCCACCUGCCCCGGAAAAGUGUGGUCCAUUGCUCUAAGAUUUGGAGCUGCAGGAAAAGAAUUACAGUUGAGCACCUCCAGCACAUCAUGGAACAGAAAAAUGGCAAAGAAAGAGUGCCCAUCCUCUGGCACUUCCUGCAGAAGGAAGCAGAGCUGAGGCUGGUGAAGUUCCUGCCUGAGAUUUUGGCCCUGCAAAGGGAGCUAGUGAAGCGGUUCCAGAACGUCCCGCAGGCUGAAUACCGCUCCAUCAGAGGCUUCAUCAGCAGCCACAGUUCAGAUGGGUUGAGGCAGCUACUACAGAACAGAAUCACCAUCUUUCUGUCGACAUGGAACAAACUGAGAAAAUCGCUCGAGACAAACGGUGAGAUCAACCUACCUCAAGAGUACUGCAGCACAGACUUGGAUCUGGACGCUGAUUUUGAGAUCCUUCUGCCACGUCGACGGGGCCUGGGCCUCUGUGCUACCGCUCUUGUCAGCUAUUUGAUUCGCCUACACAAUGAAAUCGUCUAUGCGGUGGAAAAACUCUCCGAGGAAAACAGCAGCUAUUCCGUGGAUGCCUCCGAGGUCACUGACCUGCAUGUCUUCAGCUACGAAGUGGAGCGGGACCUGACCCCGCUGAUUCUCUCCAACUGCCAGUACCAGGUGGAGCAGGGCAAGGAGACCCUGCAGGAGUUCGACCUGGAGAAGAUUCAGCGGCAGAUCAUCAGCCGCUUCCUUCAGAGCAAGCCCCGGCUGAGCCUCAAGGGAAUACCCACCCUGGUAUACAGACACGACUGGAACUACGAACAUCUCUUUAUGGACAUCAAGAACAAAAUGCCACAGACCUCCCUCCCCAGCUCAACCCUCAGUGCCAUCAGUGGACAGCUGCAGUCCUACAGCGAUGCCUGUGAAGCGCUGUCUGUCAUAGAAGUCACUCUGGGGUUCCUGAGCACAGCGGGCGGGGAGCCAAACAUGCACCUGAACGUGUAUAUUCAAGACGUCCUGCGGAUGGGCGAUCAGACAGCACAGGUGUUACAGGCCCUAAACAGAUGCCAGUUAAAACACUCCAUUGCCCUCUGGCAGUUUCUGUCUGCUCAUAAGUCUGAACAGCUGCUGCGACUGCAGAAGGAGCCAUUUGGGGAAAUCAGUUCGAGGUACAAAGCAGAUCUGAGCCCAGAAGAUGCUAAGCUCCUCAGCACAUUCCUGAAUCAGACUGGCCUAGAUGCCUUCCUGCUAGAGCUGCACGAAAUGAUGGUUUUGAAACUGAAGAACCCCCAGACUGAGGGGAGCUUCAACCCUGAGUGGAGCCUGAAAGACACUCUGGUAAGUUACAUGGAAACUAAAGAAAGUGAAAUUCUUCCUGAAAUGGAAUCUCAUUUCCCAGAAGAGAUACUGCUCGCCAGCUGUGUCUCAGUGUGGAAAAUAGCUGCUGCCCUGAAACGGGAUCGACAAAUGAGAUAGAAUCAUUUCCUCAGCUGUCUUUGGAUAAGACUUGGGAGAGAAGGCUCCUCUCUCCUCGCCCCCAGCAUGGACUCUGACACCGACUGGUGCCUUUGCAUUCAGAAGGAAAGCUGUCAGCACAGCACGAAAUUAAAGACCAAGGCGAGCUACGUGAGCUGACAGCUUUCUGAAAGCCAAGCUGUUUCUGAACCAUGCAUAUAUAUAUUCUAAAACUUUCUCAUCAUGAGUACUGUUCAUUAGGAGAUGACAAUGAAGAUGAAAUUGGAAAUAAACCAUUGUUUACAUCCCAGGAGGCAAGCAGCUCAGCCACACGCAGUAAUGAUCAGUGUCUGCUGCCCGCUCGCCUCCGGCAAUGCCCGCCCCCUUUUUUCCCCUAAAUCUGUGCUCACAAAAGAGAAUCUCAUUUUCUUCUUUCUUCCAUGCCCUUAAAUUCUGAGUACUGUACAUAUACUUCUGGGUUCCCAGGAUGAUGUGAAAAAGUACCAGACUAUUUUUUGUCUUCUCACAAAUACAAGAAAAAUCAGGGCAUUUUGUGAGUGCCUUAAGACCAAACUAACAAGAUCUGACCCAUACCCUCACAAUGAGUCACUGCCAGAUUUCAGAGGGUAAGAGCCAAAAGACUCAUUGUGAAAAACACCAGACUUGGGCCAAUGACACCAUCAGGGCCUCAGUUUCCUCAUGCAUAAAAUGAAGGGAGUAGAUUCAUGGGCAAAGAUUCUUCUGAUCCUAAUAUUUAAAAUUAUGAGAGAAACCAGAAGACUGUAAACCUGGGUCCCAGGCCUGGUUCUGGCAGUUCCGUGGGGAGUUUUUAUCUAGCAUUAUGCCAAAUAAACAUGCAGUCUCCAUGUA